UUCUUCGAUUGCUUAAUUUCUUCCAACAGCUUCAUCGGAGGCGCAACAUGGGCACGACUUCGGCUUCAAGUAGUGCAAGGUCAAUCGACUCAGCUCGUUCAGAGAGCAGUUGGACUCCUUACAUAGUCGAUUUCUUGAUCCAUAAUGACAAUUUUCAAGAACGUAGUUGCUCGCUUUCUCCUGGCUCUGGUGAUGAUGAAUACCGUAGCUCUACCAUAGUUUCAGAUGCUGCCGCCAUGAAAUUCAGUAACGGGAACAGUGGUUGGCAAGGAGGAAGUCCUAAGAGAAUAUUGAACUUGAGGAAGAGGAAGACCAAGGAAGAAUUUCUGGUCGACGAGGCUUUGGAGGAUACUGCUUCUUCUCCAAAUAAUAGUCCUAAGAUUUGCGGCUUCAAAAGACCGGAUAUAUAUUCGAAGAAGAGAGACGACCAAUACUCAACUAUGGAGAAAGGAAAUGUUUCGGAGCAGGCAAAUGAUGAGAAAAAUGGUGCGAUGAGUAAUAGAGAAUGCGAUCAUCAGAGCACAGAGCUGAAGAGAAAAGGUCUCCGCUUAGUUCCUGUGUCUACGGUGGUUAAAUACCAGCUUGGCUAAUAUAUGUAUGUGUUCAUAUGCAUGAAGUUUCCAUCUUGCUGUUCUUGUACAUCCAAAAUCUCCCUUAUUAAUUUGUAUCUUUUCUCGUGAUGAUCAAUCUUUCUGUAAAUUAAAGCUGCUUGGGAUACAGUAAUUUGGGAAUAAACUUCUUUUGAUCCAACAAAA